UUCCCUAAUGGAAAGCAGCUCUUUUUGGGUGAGGGGUGGGGGUCAGCCCCUCGGAGCAAGCUGUUCAUGCUGGGCUGGAGGUGCAGCCCUGGGAAUGCUUCCCCUUGUGCUGCCUCCCCUGCUCCCCUCAGCAGCACCCACCAGGGCUGGGUGCCCCCCGCAGGAGCCCCCCAGCACCUCCCAGCCCAGCACCCUUGGCCGGGUCGGUGCCCGCACCCUGCAGCAGGAGGCCGGCUCCCAGCACCCACGCCACGGGCUCCUGCCCUCCCCCAGCCUGGUGAGCCUGGGUGUUUUCCUGUUCACCUCUUACCUUUUGCACUGAUCCCGGGGACGACGGGGACAGUGACGGCCAGGCUGCUGUCCCUGCAGGAGCCAGGAGCCAGCCUCUGCCCGCUGACACCCCGGAGGCACCAACCCAGGGGCUUCCCAGGGCUCACACCUUCCCCCUUCUCCUUCCCACAAGGGCUGGAGCCCUGCACCCAGCUGAGCUGAGCUGUCAGAAAAGCUACAACUAAGAAGGAAAGAAGCGCAAAGGACAGAAGAAAAAAAAAAAAAAAAAAGAUGUUGGUGCUGUCUAACAACACAGCCCUGAGCUCCCUCUUCUCCAAGCUGCUUCAAGACCAACUGGAGCAGACAAAUAGCUCUGCCCCGUCUCAGGUUGGCAGUGCCAGCAGCAGCCUUGAAAUCAUCUAUGUGCUGAUGAUGGUCGGCCUCUUCGGCUUCUUCACAGUGGGAGUCAUGGUGACCAACAUCCGCGCCAGGAGGCUGGAGGACUCCCGUGACCCCUACAACAUGUACAUCGCAACAGACAUUUGGCACAAGAAGGACCAGGAAUAUUUUCAAGCCAAGCUCAUAGAAAAUUACAAGCUCUGCUGUGUCUUUGAAAACCAGCUGGCCGUGGAGCAACCGAGCGCGCAGAUUCCUGAGGUGAAGUCUUCCUAGCAAAAUGGGAGAACGGACUGAACUAUUCAUGGGGACAACCCAAGUAAUACCUGCUAUGAACCAGGCUAGCUGCCGUCCCAUCUGCAGAGCCACAGGUGCUGGCCUAGGUCAGGUUGAACAACUGUGAACUCAUGGUGAAGCUGAUGGGUUUGUGAUGGACCUACUGCUGCAAAAGUGCCCGACCACCUUCUUAGAGCCACUGUAAGGUCAAGGAGGGAGGGAUACAGCCAAUGGGAGUAUCGUGGGCUCAUCAGCUUCACCUAGUGAAAAAUGUAAAUGUUGGUGUUGCCAGCAUGAAUGCUUGCAGUAGUCAGUGUAAGUAAAACCAAUGUAGAUGAAGCACAAACUAGAGGGUUUAACAGCCAAGUAUGGCUUAGGCAAUUAUUUUCAAGUGCGACUAUUGUCUUCCAGGAAGAAGUAGCAGAAAUAUUACCUUUGUAUUUUAGUCCACUGUAGAAUAAUCAUUAUAUACAUUGCACAGUGUUGUGGAUGA